UCCUUGAAAAUUGAGACAGAUAAAAUAUAUAUUUAACUGUACAAGUAAGUUCUUUCAAUAUUGUCCGGCCUGAAUUUGGAUUCGUUUUAAUAAUUACGGAAUAACGGAUCAUUUUCAAAAAUUAUUGUAUUUUGAACUAAUUUUUUGAGCGAAUCGUGAAAUAUGGUGACAAAAAUCAUAUCAGUGUGUUUGUUCGGUUUCAUGUUUUUUAACAUCGUGCAUGUCUCCGAAAUGUUACUGUUAGGAACAAGUCGCAAGUCUGGUUUUUAUAAAGCAGCUGUCUUUGAGCACGCUGUUAUAUUCCCAGAAAAGAGAGCAAGUUCAUACGAUGAAGCAGUUUCACAAAUGUUUCCGAAUCUUGACGAAUAUAAAAGACAGGCAGAUAUAGCAGGGACACUCGGCGCUGAUAUUAUCGUAUUUCCGGAAGAUGGAAUUUAUGGAUAUCUAUUUGCAACACCUUCCGACAUUGAAAACUAUCUGGAGUACAUUCCAGACCCUGCUCAAGUGGACUGGACGCCAUGUACUGAACAUUUGAGGUACGAAAGAACAAAGAUACAAACAUUUCUAAGCUGCCUCGCUAAGAAUAACUCGAUUUACUUAGUGGCUAACUACGGUGAUAAGCAACCGUGCCAAAAGACCGACCCCAGUUGCCCUAAGAAUGGACACUUUCAGUACAAUACAAACAUAGUGUUUGACAGAAAUGGAAAACUCAUAGCUAGAUAUCACAAGCAGAACUUGUACUUCGAGACACAAUUCAAUACACCUACUACUCCAGAAUUCAUUUACUUUGACACUGAAUUUGGACGUUUUGGAACUUUUACCUGCUUUGACAUUUUGUUUCAUGAUCCAGCGAUCCCUUUGAUAGAAAAAUACAACGUAACGGACAUUGUGUUUCCAACUGCAUGGAUGGACGCACUGCCUUUCUUUUCCGCAAUUGGUUAUCACUCCUCGUUUGCUCUUGCAUAUAAUGUUAAUUUUCUGUCAGCGAAUUUGCAUUAUCCUGAAGAACGUUUUCAGGGAAGCGGGAUUUACACACCAGAGGGAGCCCUGGCGUUUUACUACAAUCGAAGUUCACCCAAUGGCCGCCUUCUUGUAAAAGAAGUUCCUAUUUUAAACCAUAACGGAAAUAGAUAUCGAACAAAUAUGAUAAGUUUUGCUGAGACUGGCAUUUUCAAAAAUUAUGAUUUCCAAGGUAAAGUUUUCUGGGAUACGUAUAAUUUCGUAAGUCUCAAGUCAGAAAAAGAUAAUUUAAUUGUUUGCCAAGGCGAUCUUUGCUGCUCCUUGCGUAUGAAGAGAGAUUGA